GAUCCAGCGUCGUCGCUGAUGACGGUGGCAAACGGCGCAGGUCAGUUAGCUAAUGUGGUGGGAGCGCCUGCUAAUCUAACACUGUUUUCGAAGGCAAUGUUUUCAUUUUAUGGACAGAAGAACAAUAAAUACAACGAAUGGAGAUAGUUUAGUAUAGAAAUCUACGACUAUAAGCGAACUAUCGCAUCUUCUGAAGCGCCUGGAACGUUGUUUUGCGGGCCUGUUGCUUGCUAGCGACGUGAAAUCCUCGGGCUGGCUCAGCGGACACCGGGGUGAGAGAUAGACGACCAAGGACUGGAGCUGCGAAGGCAGAUUUUUUUUCUUCCUCUACCAGGUUUUAUUAACACUAAUUUAUUUUUCUGCUACGCAGACGAACACUAAACCUUUCUUCGUCUUCUGUGGCGGACAUAAGUCAUUACAACUCAAGUCGCUUUUAGUUUAACAAGUUGGCUAGCUUUAGCUCGCUUGUUUACAACUCAACCAGGAUCUUUCAAAUCAGUAGAUUACUUGAUGUUUUCUUCAACUAGGUGUUGUACACUUCUCCCGUGACACGUGACAACUGUUGGGUGCUUCGUGAGCUCUCUACUUUGGUCUCUUAUCAACUUUAUGGUCGUAGUCUUUGUAGUUCUGCCCAAAGGUUCCCUGUUCGAAUGUUAUCUCAUACUUGAGGCCUAUCUACUGCAGCUCAGGGUUUGAUACCUUAUUGGACAAUCAAAAUCACCCAUUUGUUUAUCUUCCAUUGGUUCUGUAAAAUGGUACCAAAAGUAUGACAUAAUUUGCUUAAUUGUAAUCCCAAGGCCAACAGACUGGAGCAUUAAGCAAUAUAGACUUUGAGUUGAAAACAUCAGCUAUCUACAUCUUCUUGACAAACAGGAUCCGGAUGAGGACUCAAAGAAAAGUGUGGAUUUUGAUCCUGUCUGGACUCACUGGUGUCUCCUUUUCUGCCUGACACUAUUCAAUCUUUAUCAGAAGCAAGUCUUUUUUUUUUUGUUAUAUUUUGUCUCUCUUGAGCUGAUUUGCUCAAGGAAGACAACAAUGAAUCGUUACCUACCAGUAGCAGGACAGCACUUCCUGGCUGCCCUUGCCAGCACCAGUGUGGUAGUAAAAUCUAUAAGUGCUGUUGUGGUUCUGCUGUACCUGCUGUCAUGGGCGGUUGAGACUUCAUAUGCACUCGGAGUGACCCCAGGUUACCUUUUUCCACCUAACUUCUGGGUGUGGACACUGGUGACCCACGGGCUGGUGGAGCAGCAUGCCUGGGGUGUGGCAGCCAAUGUGGGGACAGUCAUGGCAUGCGGACGUCUGCUGGAGCCUUUGUGGGGUGCUCUGGAGCUCCUGAUCUUCUUUGCAGUAGUGAAUGUGUCUGCUGGACUCCUGGCAGGACUCUCCUAUCUCCUCACCUACGUGGCUACCUUUGAUCUGGACUUCCUGUUUGCUGUGCGCAUCUACGGUUCAGCUGGUUUCUUGGGAGGCGUCCUGGUGGCGUUGAAACAAACCAUGGGGGACACUACUGUGCUCAGAGUGCCACAGGUGAGACUGAAAGCUGCUCCAGCCUUGGUCCUCCUGCUCCUGGCCUUACUGCGCCUGUCUGGGCUGCUCAGCAGCUGUGCACCCCUGGCUGCAUACAGCUAUGGCGCCUUGUCUGGCUGGGUGUACCUGCGCUUCUACCAGCGACACAGCCGGGGCCGCGGGGACAUGUCGGACCACUUUGCCUUUGCAAGUUUCUUCCCAGAGGCAGUGCAGCCGGCUGUGGGACUGUUGGCCGGGCUCAUCCAUGCAGCCCUGGUGAAGAUAAAGGUGUGCAGGAAGAUGGUAAAGAGAUACGAUGUAGGGGCGCCCUCCUCCAUCACCAUCAGCCUGCCGGGCACAGACCCACAGGAUGCAGAAAGGAGGAGACAACUAGCCUUGAAAGCUCUGAAUGAACGUCUAAAGCGGGUCGAGGACCAGUCCGCUUGGCCCAGCAUGGAUGACGAGGAAGACGAUGAGGAAGACGAGGUCCGAACCGACACACAGCCCCUCCUCCCAUCUGGACGGGACUCCUCGUCAUCUUUACCGAGAAUACCCAGCGGACCUAUCGGCGCUUCCCUCCCCUCCGCAUCCUCACAGGGUGGUGGAGCAUUGUCUUCGGGUGGCGUUCAGCACCCUGAGUCCAGCAUCAUCAGCUUUGAGGACGCGCCCUCUAGAUCAUAGCCAAAAUAAAUGCACCGUGUGUGUAGAGAAGCUCCGUUUGGUGUCGCUGUCCAGUAUACUAGCACAUCCAGCAUCCCUGACUAGUAUACGUCUGUUCUCAGUGACGGCGGUUAGAUGUUCACUCAAUGUCUCGCGCUAUACACGCCUGUGUCAAGUUAACAAGUAUGACUUUCCUCACCAACACGGUUAACUUCCCAAAAGACUGUAUUGCUCUUUCACUUCAGACAUGUUGGUUGUGAACGCUCAGCCUGCUUGGGCAUAACCGGAACCUAAUUUAUCUCCUUUCUACCUACGUCCAAAUUCUUUCCUGUUAGAAGACGAUUCUAACUCCGAGAACUCUGAUUUCUGCUACAUGUGCUCUUCUCUUUGCUUUCCAAAUAAAAAAAAAACAAAACAUGGUUGUGCAAACUACUCUUUGUAAGUCUUUUCAGAGCAGCCAGAUCUGCUGCAAAAGGAGAAACACUUUUAAUGACCGAGCUGCACGCCACGAUCGUGAUGCUUGUUUUGAUAAGUGGCGAAAUGACCGUAGGUGUGUGUGUGUGUAGCUGGUCCCGCCGACCAGCUGGCCAGGACAGAAGGUUUGUCCUGCAGAAGACUGAAAGACAGGCCAGAUGAAAGGAAUUUUUCCGGGAUGUCUGGAUCAAUAGAUGGAGAAUUGUUUGUUUUUUGGAAGCCCACUUGAAUCAAAAGUUUCUGUAAGCUGUUGAGACAUGCUUGCCUGUGGGAUUCACUCUGAUUUGUAGAUUUCUUCUCUGAGGAGAUAGGAACUGUUUUCCUUUUUGCAAUGUGUCAUUUAAUUCUGGACCUAAUUCUUCCAUCCUGCACCUUUUGCAUUUCUGAAAUCUGUCAACAGUUCAGUGAUGAUGGUUCAUACUCUGGAGUGAUGAAUGUUUAUGGAUCUGGUGAUUCGUCGCACAUUUGUGCUGAAAAAAGUGAGACAAACAGAAAAUUACAUUUUCACUUUCAGUCUUUCCCGUUUUCUUUUUUUAAAUCUUAAACCCAUGAAUUAGUGAGCCUCCUGUGAUUGAUCAGUAGUCACGUGUUUUUCAUUCCCGACAUCCAAGUGUCAGAACUGAGCGGUGGUUAAUGAUCUAGUGGCUUCUAAAUAGUUUCACUUGGAUAGAAAACAAUCUGCUCAGACUCGAAAGUCACUGUUUUGUUUUUGUUUUCUCAACUGCCCAUGUCACAUUUUAUUGUGUUAAAGUUUUUGAUGCCCAGUUUAGUUUUUUUUAUUUUAUUUUAUUUUUGAUUAAAGUUAUUUGAAGCUAA